UGACUGACACAACUGGGUGAGGUUUUUAAGAAGAAGAAGAAGAAAAAAAAAGAAGUAGAGAGGCCCAGCAGCACAGCUGUUUGUGAAGUUGAAGAUUUCCUGUUUCCUCAGGACUCGGCCAGUGAAUGAGUCACAGAGGUGGAAGGCAGAAAACGGUGCCCAUAGGAAUGCAGGGAGGAGUGCGGGCUGGGAGGACAGGGGGAGCUGAUCCGGGACUGGGGCUGCAAACUUGCUGGAGGAACUCCUAAUACUUUCUAAGGACUUAUCUCUUCUACCAUGGCAGGAUACACCGGGCUCCCCACCGCCACCGCCGCCACCGCUAUAUUCUGCAUACUGACAGCCGCCGCUAUUACCGACUCCAUGGGUCCACCAGAUUUUAUGAAGUUCCAGGAACGCGGAACACUUUGUAAAUUUUGUGAUGUGCUACCAGCAACAUGUACACAAAACAAAGGUCGCUGUGACAGUUCCUGUGACAGAUUUUCAACUUGUGAAAAUCAGGAAGACGUGUGUGUAGCUAUAUGGAGAAGCAAUAAUUCUGCUGUCACUGAGGAAACACUGUGUUAUGAUCCUAGAAAGAAGCUGCAUGGACACAGACUGAAUGACUAUAACACCUCAAAAUGUCACAUGAAAAAGAGGAAUCAUUUGGGAGAGACAAUGUUCAUGUGCGCAUGUAAAAGUGAUGGUUGUAAUUCUGAGUUCAUUUUUGAAAAUGCAACAGCAAAAAAACAUCAUACAGAAAACAUGAAUCACAAAGUCAUAGAUGAAACCAAUAGUUCUAAGGGUAAGACAAAAUCCUGGGAAAGUGAACCUGGAGGGAAGGUGAAACUUGCAAGAUUGUGCAAAUUUUGUGACAUCCUGCCAUCAACAUGUUUGAUAAGUCAUGGGAAUUGUACGAGCUCCUGUGAAAGAACUUCCAUUUGCGAGCUUGCUGAUGAAGUGUGUGUAGCAAUAUGGAGACAUAAUGACACACACACAACUGAGGAGACACUGUGCCAUGACCCCAAAGUUCCUCUUUAUGGUCACACGUUUGAUGAGUACACUGAGCCAUCUUGUAUAAUGAAAGAAAAAAAGAUCGCUGGUGGAACAAUGUUUAUAUGCUCUUGCUAUGAAGAAGAGUGCAAUCUAAAGUUUACAAUGCAAGGUUUAGAAUCCAGAAAUCCUGGUGGCCCUGACACAACUAUUGUUGCACUGGCAAGUCUUAUUCCACCAGUUGUCGUAGCUGUUGCAGUAAUCUUCAUUUUUUAUUGUUACCGAAUUCAUCGAAAAAAUAAGUUUGACAAGAAAUGGGAUGGUCACCAAAAAUGUAUCAAACAUCCAAAUAUGGAAUGUUCCAUGAUGUUAGAUGAUGACCGUUCAGAUAUAAGUUCGACAUGUGCCAACAACUUAAAUCACAACACUGAACUUCUUCCUAUUGAAUUGGACACCUUGGUUGGAAAGGGAAGAUUUGCUGAAGUCUAUAAAGCCAAACUCAAACAGAAUACUUCAGAUCAGUUUGAAACAGUGGCUGUCAAAAUUUUUCCUUAUGAAGAAUAUGCAUCUUGGAAAAUGGAGAAAGAAAUCUUUUCAGAUAUAAAUCUAAAACAUGAAAAUGUUUUACAGUUUUUGACUGCUGAAGAGAGGAAAACAGAUGUUGGAAAGCAAUACUGGUUAAUUACUGCUUUUCACUCUACAGGCAAUUUACAGGAAUACUUAACAAGACACAUCAUUAGUUGGGAAGACCUCCUACUGCUUGGUGGCUCUUUGGCUCGUGGGGUUGCCCACUUACAUAGUGACCACACACCAUGUGGAAGACCAAAAACCCCAAUAGUACAUCGAGACUUGAAAAGCUCAAAUAUACUUGUUAAAAAUGAUCUCACAUGUUGUUUAUGUGACUUUGGAUUAUCUCUCUGGCUGGAUCCAUCUCUUUCAGUGGAUGAUCUUGCUAACAGCGGGCAGGUUGGAACUGCCAGAUAUAUGGCCCCGGAAGUCCUUGAAUCCAGAAUAAAUUUGGAAAACAUGGAGUCAUUUAAACAAACAGAUGUGUAUUCCAUGGCACUGGUAUUAUGGGAAAUAACAUCGCGCUGUAAUGCAAUUGGAGAAGUAAAAGAUUAUGAACCUCCAUUUGGAACCAAAGUACGAGAGCACCCGUGUGUUGAAAGCAUGAAGGAUAAUGUUCUCAGGGAUCGAGGUCGACCUGAACUUUCCAAUAAUUGGUUGAAUCACCAGGGUAUCCAGCUUGUAUGUGAAACCAUAACAGAAUGUUGGGACCAUGACCCAGAGGCCAGGCUCACUGCCCAAUGCGUAGACGAGAGAUUUAAUGAGUUAGAAAAUCUCGACAGAAUCUCCGAGAGAAGCUGCUCAGAGGAAAAAAUACCAGAAGACUGUACAGAAAACACAAACAAGUGAAACAUGCACUGCAAAUACUUUGUCUUAAAUAGAAAUUCAGGACUGCAACAUAGGCAGCUGAGGAAAUCAUAUGCAUAAAGUAUGCACUGAACUGUUAACUCCAGAGACAUGACAGGGCAAGUCCCAAUUGCUGCUGGAGCAAUGUCAUGUAUGUUUCCCACAAGAACGGUCUUAUCUGUGGGGCCCAAAGCAAUUAUGGAAUGUAAUGCCUGAAUCCCAACAGAUAACAGACACAAAACUCUAUUCUGAGUCUGUGCAAGGCACAGUGUAUUUGUUUGGUCUAAAGUAAUCACCCCAAUUGCUUUACCCAGAAUUCACCUCUUCUGCUCCUAUGGUGCUGCCAUAGGGUGAUACGUUUCCUCAGGACAUUUUUUUGUUAUUUCUAAUAUAGCCAUACUUUACUUGCACUUUAUAAAAUUGUGUAUAAAACUACACAUUGGCUUUAAUGUAUGUAAGUAUUGUCUCUGAUAAACCAAAAGUAUAUUACCAGGAAAAUGUACAGGGCAUAGGAGAACACAAGAUUAAUGAAAAGAACAUUUUUUUUUAAAUAUUCAGAAGUCUAACGAUAAGCUCUUGUUACAUAUUUUUGUAUUUCAUAGUAGGAAUAUUAUAUUUUAUCAGAACCGAACUUUUUACUUGUUAAGUCGAAGUGGGUUUAUAUGUGAGCACUGUACACGUUCUGUUUUAUUAGAAUUACAGCACAGAAUGGAAUCUAGAUUGAAGAGUUUGGGAUUUUACUAGUAACUGCUAGUAAUCUACUUGAAACAUCAAAGCAAGACCACAUGGUAAUAGAUCACCUCUUGAUGAGGUUCAAAAAAUUAUCUUCCAAAAUGUAUGUGUAAAGUAUUGUAUGUUCCAUAUUUUAUUAAUCUGUCAAUAUUACUUUUUGUAAGUGAACACUUGAAAUGGCAAUGUAUCCUGGUGUAGGUGGAAAAAGCAUAAUAUGGGAUAGCAGUUUGGUUGUAUUUUAAAAAGGGCUGUGUAUUUUUUCAUAUUAUCAGAAGAUAUAUUGAAUUUGGUUCUCUACUGAUCUGCGUGUUUUUGGCAACAAAUAUGCAUCUUGUAAAGAUUGUAUGGGGAAAAGAGUUUGGUGCACAAGGCAUACCUUUCUGAGUGUACACCGAUUUACACACAAAUGCAGUCACAUGCAACAAUGAGAUAUCAGGGGGAGACAAUCUGAAAAAAAAUAAUUAAGUGCAUUUAAAUAGUUCCUUGUUUAUGGGUGUUAUGAAUAAAACCUCAUCCUGCCUUUAAAUGCUUUUUAUACUUUUCUGAUUCUGCUAAAGUGAAUAAAUGUGACCUAUAGGUUUUAAGAAGGCCUACUAAGCUAUAGCAUGGGGCGAGGGUGAAGGGGGGAAUAUCUGUUGCUUGCUACUUUCAUAAAAGAAAGCAACAUUAUGUGCCUUAGGUGGUGUUGAUAAACAUACAUUUCUUUGAAUAGUAACAUGGCGUUAUAGGGAAGUCCACUAAUGUAAAACCAUAAAGGGUUGUAAAGUUAGCUAUUACAAAAUAUACUUUUUUUAUCCUAAGAGCAACCUGAUCUUAAGGGUUGCUCAAAUCAAGAUGAAUAUUAUAGCUUUGCGUGGGCACCGAUUUGUUGCAUCACCCAGAAGUUUUGUAUAUCUCUGAGAGGCUGUAGUGAUAAGAUAUAUCUGCAGCAGUUUGUGUGUCCACCACCCAUCCAUAAUCUCUUCUGGCAGGUGUACUUCACAGCUAUGUGUUAGUACUGUGUUUUUAAAAAUCUAUCCACAGAGAGUGACAAUGUUUGGUUUAUAAUAGCCAUGACAGUUGAACAGAACUAGGAAUUGUGGAAGACCUAUCUUGCAACAAGUGUCCCUGAGAACUUUAAAUAGCUUGUCUGUAGUUCAGUUGCAAUCAUCUAUGCAAUACUAAGGAUGUACAUUUUUGAGAAAUGUAACUUUAAUGUUAUCUUCGUUUAUUUUAUCAUAUCUAUUUAAGUAUGUCUAAUCUAAAGAUUACAUUAUUUUAAAAACUAAUAUAAUGGUGACCUUUAUUACAUUAGAAGUGAUGUUUGCAUUAAUAUAACAUGAAAUUUAAUA